GAAGUCUUCAUGAUUCUGUCAUCUUUGCUCAUUUAAUUGUCACAAUCAGUGGCUCGCUACGACUGACGGCCGCGUUUCUCGUUCCCUAUCUAAAUAACUUUAGUGUUUAGUGUGAUGACAAAAAUCAUAUCGAUACUUAUAAGACUAGGCUGUAAGUGCAAUACCUUGCGCUUGGAUUUGUGACGAAAAUUUUAAAGCAACACCAUGGUGCACUCAAUUCCUAUAACGAACAUCUCUGUUGGAGUCGACGGUAUAGUUCAUACGGUGCCUGAUGGAGAUGACGCACAGGACAAUGAGAGGAAGGGAAACGUUACGUACGGCAUCGAUGACAUACCGCCCUGGUACUUGUGCAUCUUCAUGGCUCUACAGCACUACCUGACAAUGAUCGGUGCUAUAGUGGCGAUCCCGUUCAUCCUGUGCCCGGCGCUGUGUAUGUCGGAGACAGACCCCGACCGCUCCAACAUCAUAUCCACCAUGAUAUUCGUAACUGGUCUAAUAACAUGGUUACAAGCAACAUUUGGCUGUCGAUUACCCAUCGUCCAAGGUGGAACUAUCUCCUUCUUGGUGCCCACUCUUGCCAUCUUGAACCUGCCUAUAUGGCAAUGUCCUCCGGCUCAGGAGAUUAUCAGCAUGACGGAUGAGGAGCAAAAGAAGCUCUGGAUGAGUAGGAUGUGUGAACUGUCAGGAGCUAUCGCGGUGUCUGCACUGUUCCAAGUGUUUCUUGGUUACUUCGGAGUAAUAGGUUCGUUGCUGCGGUUCGUGACACCCCUGACCAUAGCUCCUACAGUGGCGCUGGUGGGGCUGACGCUGUUCGAGCAUGCAGCCGAGGCAGCUUCUCAGCAAUGGGGGAUAGCGGCCGGUACAUUCACGCUGUUGACAAUAUUCUCUCAAUGUAUGACCAACGUUAGUAUACCGACCCUUGCCUGGACGAGGGACAAAGGAAUCACUAUUAUUUGGUUUCCACUCUUCAAGCUGUUCCCGGUAUUGCUCACAAUAGUAAUAAUGUGGGCACUGUGUGCUAUACUGACGGCGACGGGCGUGUUCCCACCGGAACAUCCCGCGAGAACUGACGUCAAACUGAACAUCAUUGAGGAUGCGCCCUGGUUCCGUGUACCUUAUCCAGGUCAGUGGGGAGCGCCAACAGUGAGUGUUGCAGGAGUGCUGGGUAUGCUGGCCGGAGUGUUGGCCUGCACUGUGGAAUCCAUCAGCUACUACCCAACCACAGCCAGGAUGUGCGCGGCACCACCACCUCCCCUUCACGCCAUCAACCGAGGUCUAGGCACGGAAGGUCUGGGCACAGUGCUAGCUGGCCUCUGGGGCUCUGGCAAUGGAACCAACACCUUCGGGGAGAACGUAGGAGCCAUUGGAGUCACUAAGGUAGGAUCUCGUCGAGUGGUGCAGUGGGCAGCGGGUCUGAUGGUAGUACAGGGAGUGGUCGGCAAGCUGGGCGCCGUGUUCAUCAUCAUCCCGCAGCCCAUAGUCGGGGGCCUGUUCUGUGUCAUGUUCGGGAUGAUAUCUGCCUUCGGUCUAUCAGCGCUCCAGUAUGUGAAUCUGAACAGCUCUCGGAACCUGUACAUCAUCGGGUUCAGUUUGUUCUUUCCGCUGGUGCUGACGCGUUGGAUGGCGGCGCAUAGUGGCGUCAUACAGACAGGGUCGGAAGCUCUGGAUGCUGCACUGCAAGUUCUGCUGUCCACUUCUAUACUGGUGGGAGGCAUCAUCGGAUGCUUCCUGGAUAAUGUCAUACCUGGUACGGAUGAAGAGCGAGGACUUGCAGCCUGGGCCAAGGAGAUGAGUCUAGACGCAGCCGGGGCAUCUGAAGAGGGAGACACGUAUGACUUCCCUAUAGGAAUGGGACUUAUAAGACGGUGGAAAUGGACCCAAUACCUGCCAUUCAUGCCUACGUACCAGGCUGGCAAGUUCACAGCGCUGUUCACGAAGAAAGAGAACUAAUGAAAACCAGGGUACCAUAAAUUCAGAGGUGGUUGCUUGUAAUCAAGUACAAUGAGGCGUACGAAUGGUAUAUACCCUAAAUACGUGAUAUUAACUUUUGUAGGUAGGUGAAAAAUAUUUGUACAAAAUAUAAGGAAAGGAAAAAGUCAAUAUUUGCUGGAUAAGUAUGGGAUUCCUGAUUUUUUACAUAAAUCAAGAAACAAAGAUAAUUCUUAGCGCACCUAAGGCUUAAAAAAACGAAUAACAAUAAUGCCCUUUCAUUAGCGUAAGGUUGAAAUGUCGAUACUAGGAAAAUAUAAGCAAUUUUGGUUUUGAUAUAUUUAUGAACUUCAAGGUUUACAUUAUGUUUUAAAAUAUUUAUUAGAUACAUACACACCUACGUACUUACUUUCAAGUAUUAUUAUAUUCGACAGAAUGUACAUACAUAGAAUUAUACCUAUUGUAAAAUUUAAACCUGAAUAAAAAC